CAGUUGCACCCCUCCCGUGUCUGUCGACGUUAGGUCCUCCUCCAGCUACUUUAAACUGCUUCCACUGCCUAACAAACCAUAUUUUUAGGGGGUUUGGUCAUAAGCACCUUGUCCACAGAGUUUGCCGUCUGCCAUUGAUCUUCGGAGGAUAUUUCUUUUCAUGUCGGUGUGUUUGGAGCCGAAACCGAACACAAACAGAGCUGUAUAUUAGGCUACUUCGGUGGGGGGGAAAACGGAGGAGGGCAUCCGGGCCUGGCAGCUCCGGAGAAUCGGCUUGAAACGACGGAAUUCACCAUUUUCAGGCUGAACUCUGCUCUGCUAUGGAAAAAAUGAAGAGGAUAAAGAAGCGUCUUUCGUUAACACUCCGCCCCAGCCAGACCAUCGAUGAGUCUCUCUCUGAACUGGCCGAGCAGAUGACCAUUGAAGACGGUGGCACCAAGGACAACGAGCCCUUCAUGAGGAACGGCCGGCCCCCCACCUCCCACAGCAUGCAUUCCUUUCUGCACCAGUACACGGGUUCCUUCAAGAAGCCACCUCUGCGCCGGCCACACAGCGUCAUCGGCGGCACCCUCGGGUCCUUCAUGGCCAUGCCGCGCAACGGCAGCCGUCUGGACAUCGUUCAUGAGAAUCUGAAGAUGGGCUCAGACGGGGAGAGUGAUCAGGCAUCAGGAACGUCCUCAGAUGAGGUUCAGUCUCCAACCGGCGUCUGUCUGAGGAACAGGAUCCACAGGCGGAUUUCCAUGGAGGACCUCAACAAGCGCCUGUCCCUGCCUGCUGACAUCCGAAUCCCCGACGGUUACCUGGAGAAGUUGCAGCUCAGCAGCCCGCCCUUCGACCAGCCGCUUAGCCGUCGUUCCCGUCGAGCCUCGCUGUCUGAAAUCGGUUUUGGGAAGUUAGAGACGUACAUCAAGCUGGACAAACUGGGAGAGGGAACGUAUGCCACAGUGUUCAAAGGGCGCAGUAAGCUAACGGACAACCUGGUGGCGCUGAAGGAGAUCCGGCUGGAGCACGAGGAAGGAGCUCCGUGCACGGCCAUCAGAGAAGUGUCGUUACUGAAGGACCUGAAACAUGCCAACAUUGUGACGUUACACGACAUCGUCCACACUGACAAAAGCCUCACACUCGUCUUUGAGUACCUGGAUAAAGAUCUAAAGCAGUACAUGGAUGACUGUGGAAACAUAAUGAGCAUGCACAAUGUGAAGAUCUUCCUGUUCCAGAUUUUGCGAGGGCUUUCUUAUUGUCAUAAGAGGAAAGUUCUCCACAGGGACCUGAAGCCACAGAAUCUCCUUAUUAAUGAGAAAGGGGAGCUCAAACUAGCUGAUUUUGGUCUGGCGAGAGCCAAGUCUGUCCCGACUAAAACAUACUCCAACGAGGUGGUGACGCUUUGGUAUCGGCCUCCUGACGUUCUCCUGGGAUCUUCAGAGUACUCGACACAGAUCGAUAUGUGGGGCGUUGGGUGUAUAUUCUAUGAGAUGGCUGCAGGUCGGCCUUUGUUUCCGGGUUCCACCGUCGAGGAUGAGCUCCACCUCAUUUUCAGGCUAUUGGGCACACCCACAGAGGAAAACUGGUCAGGAAUCUCCACCAUUGAAGAGUUUAAAUCCUACAACUUUCCCAAAUACAAACCGCAGCCGUUAAUCAACCAUGCUCCCAGGCUUGAUGGCGAAGGCAUCGAACUGCUGCUGGCUUUUCUCAAAUACGAAUCCAAGGCGAGGAUUUCAGCUGAUGAGGCGAUGAAACAUUCCUACUUCAGACAGCUUGGGAUGAGAGUCUACACACUGCCUGAGAGUAUAUCAAUAUUCACAUUAAAAGAAGUGCAGCUGCAAAGAGACCCUGGUUACAGAAACUCCUCGUAUCCAGAGUCAGGUAACAGCAAGAUCAACAGAAGGCAAAGCAUGCUUUUCUAAUAUUUCCUGAAGAGGAUGGUCUUCAUCAACACUUCCCAGCAACCUCUCGCAUGAGCCCAUCUCCUGUUGGAGUGACCCACCCCAGUCAUUUACUCACACACACACACACACACAUUAACACAAACACACACAUCCUCUUGAGUGAGUGACUGAGUUGUAUUUGUUUAGAGACAAUUUAUUUAUUGAAGAGUCAAGUAAAAUUUUUUUGCUGCUAAACUACUACUGUCUGUUUGUAACACACCGUGCGUGCGCGUGUAAAUGUGUGUGUAUAUAUAUGUGUAUGGUUGUGCACAUGAUGUGAACUCGAGACGCCAUGCACAUACGAGCAGUCAGUAACGUUACUGUUGUUUUUUUCCUGACGAUGAUUCUCGGGCUUCUUUUGAGUUAAAUUCAACUGAUGAUGUCGACGCUGUGAUCCAAUUUGUUGUUCUCAUUGUUAUGCUCGGAGACUGAUAGUUUCAGUUUCUUUAGACUUUUUAAGAAGUAUGUAUAUCUAUACAUAAAUAUAUAUAUAUAUAUUUGGAGAUUACUUUCCUUUACGUUUCACUUACUGAACUCUACAACAUUUCCAGAUUUAGAAAAUUUGCAGCUUGAGAUGGUGUUAUUGGAGAGUUCCUUUGGAUUUCUUUUUUCCUAAAACAUUUCAGAUGAACUUUGUUUUCCGUUGGCCCCACUGCUCUCAAACCAGAGCAUGAUUGCGAGUGGACUGGCAUCAAGGGUGUAAAGAAGCAAACAAGGUCCGGUCAACAUAAGAACGUGCAACAGUUUGGUUUUUGUGUUCUUUUAAACCAUCCUGGCUAAAUAACAGGACCAAAACAGAGGUGUGUGUGUGGGGACGCAAAGUUGGGAAGACUAGCAUUCAGUACAUAUGAAAGACAGGAAUGCUGGAGUUCGAAAGGAAGUCACAUGACGUCCCACAGGAAGCCAUCAAGAACUCCCUAAAACCCCCAAAACUGCCAGGACAUCAGUUCUUUACAGAAAAAAGUAAAGAAAAAGCAAAAAAAAAAAAAGAAAAUUUCAAUUCCUGCUCCCUCUGCAUUUGAAGAUCUCUGCAACAACUGUUUGAACUUGCACUCCAGUGUGUUACUUUUUUUUUUUUUUUUAAAUUGGGGACACAUGCCUUAACAUGGCUGUGUUUACCCAACAGUAUUAAGAUGUGUUCUCUGUGUCUGUGACUUUUGACCUCUCCUUGUCAAACAACUAUGUCAUGUGGCAUGUAUUUCGAAGGUGGGGCGGAAGGGAUGUUUCGGAAGUGUUCAAGAGCAACAAUGGUUAUUUUCCACUUGGUCUCGGACCACUGCUCUUCAUUGUUUGUACAAAAAAAAGAGGAAAUUUCAAAUUGAAAUUUUAGAUUUCAGUGCCCGCUGUGUUUGCAACUGACAGUGAUGCUACAGAUGAUAAAACUUUUUGAAUGUUUUACUGAAGCACAAAGAUGACCCCUCAUAAUCCCUAUAACGGACAUCUACUGGUGUACAUUGCAUUCCUGGCUUCAGUUUCACUUGUGUUUGUACUUUUCUUUCUGCUGUGGACCGAUGUAGUUGCAGAUGUGUUUCAGCAGGUGUGUGAUAGCAAAAUGAUUGUGGUUGCUGAGAGAUUUUGUUUGGAACAAUGAAAGGGGAGAAUUUUUCCAGAAAACUAAUAUUGCUCAAAUCUAACUGCCACCAAUUGUGCAAGACAAAGUUAUGCUAAGUUUAGCUAAAUUAAAUCAUGCAAAGCCUUUGCUAAGCUAGCCAUGCUAACUUCCCUUCUUUAUUUAAGGUUUAGCUUGCCUAAAUCAAGCAAAGCCUCGGCUAAGCUAGCCAGCUGUUAGCUACAGCUAAAUGUACAGUACAGGCACUAGUGUUAUUUGUGAGCAGUUGUUCAAAUUUUGGUUAAUUAACAGGUUAACUUGGCAAAGAUCUAAGCAAAAUACUUUUUUUUUUCUUUCCUCAGAGUGGGAACAUACAUUUAUACAUCUGGUGAAGCAGGGUCCAAGUUUCUUAAUGAGCUGAUUUUAGUGACUUUAGAUGCUGUACAGAACAUCACAAAGAAGCAUAUGAGUGGCAUAAAGUCUAAAAGUAAUUAAGAAUGAAUCCUGAAAUGUCAAACAAUUUUUUUUAAAGAUUGAUAGUGAAAUCACACUUAAGUGGCUGUCUCUCGGCAUCAUAGUACAACUUCAUUUGAUGCAAAAUUUAACAGUCACAAAGGUAGAAAGCAGUUUUUGUACUUACUGGGGGAAAAUUGAGCUGAGUGCAGUGCAGGAGCUUGUGUGUUAAAAGAAAAAAAGAAAUGCCAGGAGUGCUUUGAACAUUAAAUGGUAAAAAUGUAAGUUAUAAGAGGAUCUAAGGGAGGUUUUCUUGUUGCUGCAAGCAUGAAAAUGGCAAAUGUAUUGUCUGUUAGGAAGACAAAAGGAUUUGUCUGUUUCAACUUACUGAUUAGAUGCUAGAAAAGUGCUGGAAGCACAAUUAAAACUUGAUAACCUAAUAUUUAAGACCAUUAAUGGAAUAACAUUAAGAGUAAAUACAGAUUGCAGUUAAUUGUUAAAUAGUUCUGGAAAGAUACUCCAUUUUUUUGUCAGUUAAAGAUGAGUAUCUUCUGUGUAAGUUGUUCUCCAUUAAGCUCUUAAUAUGAUUGAAUUAAAUUGUGCUAACAAAACUGUAGCUGUAAGCAGGAAAAGUCAUUAUAAUAAUGGUAAAUGUCCUGUAUUAUAUUGUCCUAUAAUUCUAAAAGUUGGCAUAAUUUACUGUAUCUUCAUUUCCACCUGAAAAACUGAGUUGUAAACAUUAUAAAUUCCCAGAAAAAACGGGGAUUAUCUCACUGUAAACUGCAAACUGUGUUUCUGCUGAUAGGACUUUUUGUACAUGAACCACAGUAACAUGCAUGAAAGGAGAUUUCUAAAACAGUUUAAUAUUUAUCAUUGUAAAAUCUGUACUUUUUCAAAUGUAUGAUUGAGCUAAUUUUAUGUAAACAUGUUUAAGUGUGUGCGAGAGUGGGUAUGUGUGUGCGCCUGAUGCAUGGAAGGCCUGCUGUUUUGUGAACUCGACCUCUCUGAAACACUGAGCUGCCAGUGAACAGUUGGUGUGUGACUCUUUUUACUGGAACUAUUUAUUUCUCAUAACCAUUGGAAGUAAAUUUAAAUCGUUUCAUAAA